AUGCUCUCCGCUACCUCUGUGGCUUUGCGCGCCGGUGCUCGGCGAGCCGGCCCUCGUGCCUCCGUCGCCGCCGCUUCCUCGACCACGAUCCGAUGCCCAAACCUCACGACCUACCGGGCCCUCUCCCACUCCCGCGCCGCCGCCGCGCCGCCCACCCGCGAUCGCACUCGCGAGAUCGUCGCCCAGACCGUCUCCAGCAUCGGCUCUAAGCGCGAGGGCCAACAGUACCUAAAGCUCUUCACCUCGGUCUCCUCCCAAAAGUUCGCCGUCAUCAAGGUCGGCGGCGCCAUCCUCACCGACUACCUCGACGAGCUCUGCCGCUCCAUGCUCUUCCUCUACGAGCUUGGCCUCUACCCCGUCAUCGUCCACGGCGCCGGCCCCCAGCUCAACCGCCUGCUCGAGGAGGCCGGCGUCGAGCCCCAGUUUGAGGAGGGCAUCCGCGUCACCGACGCCAAGACCCUCGGCGUCGCCCGCAAGCUGUUCCUUGAGGAGAACCUCAAGCUCAUCGACCGCCUCGACGAACUCGGCGUCGCUACCCGAUCCAUCUCCGGCGUCUUCAUGGCCGACUACCUCGACAAGGAAAAGUGGCAGUACGUCGGCAAGAUCACAAAGAUCAACAAGGAGGCUAUCGAAAAGUCCAUUGAGGCUGGCUACAUUCCCGUCCUGACUUCCAUGGCCGAGUCCGACGACGGCCGCCUGCUCAACGUCAACGCCGAUGUCGCUGCUGCCGAGCUUGCCCGCGCGCUUGAGCCCCUCAAGGUCGUCUACCUGUCCGAGAAGGGUGGUCUCUUUGACGGUGAGGGCGACAAAAUCUCCCACAUUAACCUCGACGAAGAGUUCGAUCACCUCAUGGCUCAGCCGUGGUGCCGCUAUGGCACCCGUCUCAAGAUUAAGGAGAUCAAGGACCUUCUCGACACCCUCCCCCGCACCUCUAGUGUCGCCAUCAUCCACCCUAGCGACUUGCAAAAGGAACUCUUUACCGACUCUGGCGCCGGAACCAUGAUUCGCCGCGGCGACAAGAUUCAAAAGGUCAGCUCCGUCUCCGAAUUUGAGGACAUUGAUAAGAUCAAGGCCACUCUCAUUCGGGAUCGCGAGGGCCUAGACUCUGAAGCCACCGUCGACCGCUUUGUCGACUUUCUUAAGGAGAAUCCUUUCAAGGCCUACUUUGAUGACGCCCUGCAGUGCCUGGCCAUUGUCGUCCCGGCUGGCGAGGGCCGCACCGUGCCCACCCUGGCCACCCUCAACAUCACCAAGUCGGGCUGGUUGACCAACGUCGCCGAGAAUGUCUUUGCCGCCGUCAAGAAGGACCACCCGCAGCUGGUCUGGACCGUUAGCGAAAAUGAUGAGAACCUGACCUGGUUCUUUGAAAAGGCCGAUGGUAGCUUCAGCCACAACGGCAGCGUGCUCUUCUACUACGGUUGCGACCUCCGUUCCUCGGCCCUCUCCCCCGUCUACGACGAGUUUGUCUCCCACGGUCGCGCCAUGCUCGGCGACACCAACCUCGAGUCCCGUCUCCGCCGUGCCGCCCAGACUGCCAGCGAAAACCUGAACCGCUCCCACGUUGCCCAGCAGGCGCGCGGCUUCUCCACCUCGCGCGUCAUCGGCCCCAGGACGCCCAGCAUGUCGACCAUGCAGCAGCAGCGCCGCGGCUACACCACCAACACGAACCCUAACCCUCCUCUAGGCAAGAAGAACGCCACCAACUCUGUCCCCGCGCGUGUCGCUCUCAUCGGCGCUCGCGGUUACACUGGCCAAGCGCUGAUCGACCUCCUCAACGCCCACCCCAACAUGGACCUGCGCCAUGUCUCGUCCCGCGAACUGGCUGGCCAGGAGCUGCAGGGAUACAACAAGCGCAAGAUCAUCUACGAGAAUCUUUCUGCUGAGGACUGCGGCAAGCUGGAGAAGGAGGGCAAGAUUGACUGCUGGGUCAUGGCGCUCCCCAACGGCGUUUGCAAGCCCUUUGUAGAUGCUAUUGAUGCUGCCAGCAACGGCAAGUCGGCCAGCGAGAAGAGUGUCAUUGUUGAUCUGUCAGCCGAUUACCGCUUCGACAACAAGUGGACCUAUGGCCUGCCAGAGCUGGUCCGCCGUUCCGAGAUUUCGCAGGCGAAGCGCAUCGCCAACCCGGGCUGCUACGCCACCGCCGGCCAGGUCGGCAUCUCGCCCAUCGUGGAGCACUUAGGCGGGCAGCCGACCCUCUUCGGCGUCUCUGGCUACUCGGGGGCGGGCACGAAGCCGAGCCCCAAGAACGACAUCAACGAGCUCCGCGACAACCUGAUGCCGUACAGCCUGACGGGCCACAUCCACGAGCGUGAGAUGAGCAGCCAGCUGAAGACGCAGGUGUCGUUCAUCCCCCACGUCGCCUCGUGGUUCCGCGGCAUCCACCACACGAUCAACAUCCCCCUCAACAAGACGAUGACGUCGCGCGACAUCCGGCAGAUCUACCAGGACCGCUACGCGGGCGAGAAACUCAUCAAGGUGGUCGGCGAGGCGCCGCUGGUGCGCAGCAUCAUGAACAAGCACGGCGUCGAGGUCGGCGGCUUCGCGGUGGACAGCACGGGGAAGCGGGUGGUUGUGUGCGCGAGCAUCGAUAACCUCCUCAAGGGCGCCGCCACCCAAUGUUUGCAAAACAUGAACCUGGCACUAGGUUACGCGGAGUUUGAGGGCAUCCCUACGAUGUAG